UUUUCAAGAAGAAGCGUAAUCAAAUGGGAGAAAAAUAAGCAAAUGUCCAGUUUAAUUUGAAAAGCGUCAUUUUAUAUAACUUUCUUACGACAUUUGAAUUGUAAGAACCAGUUGUUAAGGGGUAAUUAAUGUAUUAAGAGGAAAUUUAAGAAAACGAAAAAUCAUGUGCAUGAGUGUCCUAGAUGAUGGCCUCCUCAGACUGACAAUAAUGGAGGAAUUAGAUAACCUGUUAAGUCCAGAUACGGAUACAAGAAAUAGGGCUGAAGAGAAUAUGAGACAAUUGGAAUACAUUGAGAGUUAUGGCAUCAUUUUAACGGAAACAACCCUUAAUCAGUUUGUUGAAUUGCCUCUGCGUCAGAUGGCCGGUAUAAUGUUAACGCGUUAUGCGGAACGCUACUGGGACGAACGCAAUAUUCCAGACGAUCCUUCCGCAGCGAGUGGAGGAGGAUCGGUUAUCACAAUACCAGUCAAAUGUACCAUACGUGAGACAUUGCCGAUUGGCCUACACGAUACUAAUUCCAUAAUACGAUGCUCCGUGGCUAAUACUAUAUGCACAAUCGCUGAUACCGACUAUCCCAGUGAUUGGGCUGAUCUCUCCGCUGUAAUUGUUGAGUGUUUGCACGGUGAUGGCAAUUCAAUACAUGGAAUUAUGCAAGUCUUGAUCAACUUCCACUACGAUCGAAUACAAAUCAAAGCGCUCAAUGCAUUGAUAAUUUCGAAUGCGUAUCGCAUAUUUGACUUGGAAGAAACGUACAGUAUUGAAGCACGCAGCUUAGCCGUCAUCGUUCUAAAGUCGCUGUUCUUAGCAGGCAGUACCUUGGAGCAAACGGAAAGGGCAAACAUGGUCUAUCUCGCAUUGGACACUUACUUAGACAAAAUGAUAUAUUACUUAUCAUUGAACCAUAAGCCAAACUCCUGUUUUUUGUUACCUAUCGAGAUUGUGAAAUUACUUACGUUUUUGGUUACCGACAUGACCAAAUAUUUAGAAAAUUAUAUGGACCGUCUUUUGCCAGCAAUGUGCCAAUUGUUCACUAGCUUUGUGGAGAUGUACACCAAAGUUGUUGUCAACGAAGCUGAACCAAAUUUAGCUACCGGCGAGAAUAAUUUCUUACAAUUGAUUCUACAGUUUCUUCAGUUCAUUCAACGUACUAUCAGUUGUGGAAUGUUCCGCCCUUUCGUUAAAAUGACUUUAAACUAUUUGGUACGUCCAACUAUUCUUUAUUUACAACUACCUGAACGGCAUCUUGAGCAUUGGUCAAUUGAUCCGGAAAAAUAUAUUGAAGAUGAAGAAGGUGUUGACGUAACCAUACGUGUGGUGGGCCAAGACAUACUUUUGGCAUUAACGGAAAGUCUGAGCGCCGAAUUGUUGCCGCCAUUUCAAGAAGCCAUCAAUCGUCUUAUGAUGAUGGCAGAAUCUGAAAACCAUACCGGCAAUGCGAAUUGGUGGAAAAUCCUAGAGGCAUGCUUCGUUGCUCUUCACACUUUACACGAUUUGCUAUUCAAUUAUGAAGAACAAUUUGAUUUAUUGAAUUAUUUGACGAGGAUACGUUCUUAUUUAAACGAUCGCGAUUACCCUUAUAUGGCGGGCCGAGCACUAUGGACGCUGGGCACGUGGGCCUGUUCAAAGUACAUCAAUAACGAAAUAUUAAACGAAAUUUUAACAAAAGUUCAAGAAACUCUUGAAACUAAGCAUAAUUUUGUUUUCAAAAUUAAUGCAGUCCGAACUAUUUAUAGCAUUAUUGAAGCCCAUGACAUUUUAAAUGAUGAGAAGCGUGAGUUAGUUCAAUCUAAAUUUUCUCGUAUUAUGGACGGUAUUAUAGCUUUGAUAUCAGAUUGCGCAAGCCUGGCAAUAUGCCUCUUGUUGGAUUGUUUAAUCGGCAUAAUGCAGGCGAAUCCUUCAGUUGCUGUUGCUGCUAAAAAUAAAAUCGUUUCUGUAGCCUUAGACGUCUUCGCAAAAUAUGCAGAGAAUCCCUUUAUUUUGGACUCCACUCGAGACCUAAUCAGAGCGAUAUGUUUAAACAAGCCUUGCCUGCGACUGAUGCGAAAAAAAUUCGUACCUUGCCUUGUUACUAUGUUAUCGUUAAAAGACGAUAGUCCCAGCAAUAUAAUUAAAAAGAAUUGUGCAGUAGACGUUCUAACUACCAUUGCCCAAAACUCAGAUGGCCUAUUAACAGGGGAUUUGUUGGCAAAGGCUUUCCCAGCAAUGAUUGAUUGCAUUUUGCACUCUAGAGAUAAUGACACUAUCGUCGCAGGUGAAAAAUGCUUGAGGGCGUAUCUUUCGAUCUGCCCAAAACAAGUAUGCGCCUACAAUAACGAUGAAGGUCUUAAAUCCAUCAUACAAUUUAUAAUUAUGAUAUUAGGCUUGCGCAUCAGUAAACAGACGACCAUUAAAUUUGGCCCAACGACUAUUGCGAUAAUGAAAAAUAUAGGGCAAAUGAUGGAUAAUUAUAUUUGUACGUUAUUGAAAGUACUUGUUCAGGAGAUGGAGCUUCUCCGAGAUUCAAAGAUAUCGGCAGACAUAGUGAUAGUGUUUGUUUACCUAUUCCUCACGCAAACGCGAGAUUCAUUUAACUUCUUAGGCUCUCUAUCAACUGCCGCUAGUGGACCGUCUUUGAUGUUUGUGCUUGGUACGUGGAUUAGUGUGCAAAAGUCUAUCGACGGAGCCUAUGAACGUAAACUGAACACAAUGACUUUGUGUAAAAUUCUCGAAUAUGGCAUCAGAGAAAAUGAUUUUCGACUUCUUUCCGUAAAGAUUGCAGAUCACGAUAUUGACAGAAAAUGCCCUAUGACAACUCACAUGGCUAACUAUUUAUAUUGGAAUGACAUUCACUGCGUUUUCAUACCCAUUUUAGCAAAGAUAUUUAAACUGCUCAUAAGAGAAUUGUGUUACUUAACAGAGAGCCGUAUGGAUUUAGAGUGCGAUAAAGAUAGUGACGCUUCUACGAACAGUAGCAGAGAUAGUUUAAAUGACAACUCUUACACGAAAAAUUCGAAUGACAAGCAAAGUUUGGAUUGCAAUGGAUACAAUACGUCAAGCGACGCUCAGCUUACACAAGAGCUUCUUAUGGAUCCGCUGUUACAAAACAACAUGGAAGAGUAUAUAAUGAAUCUGUUAAAAAGAUUGUCCGUUAGUGAAUAUUACGGUAGUUUUGCAAAUUAUUUGACUGACCUUGAAAAAGAUGUUUUAAAAACCCUUUGUAUGCCUUAACAACGAUUACCUACUUUAUUAAGAACUUAUGUCACGUGUUUUAAUUAACGAUAAAUAAU